GCCGCGGCGCGAGGCCCCACUCCCGUCGACGCUGCGGCCCCCGCGCGCCCCCGCCAUGGAGACAUCCCGCUCCCCUUCUCCACAGUUCGCCCCGCAGAAGCUGACCGACAGGCCCCCACUGCCCGUCCAGGACGAGGUCGCCACCAGAAUCGAGCGGGUGAUGGACAACAACACCACGGUGAAGAUGGUGCCCGUCAAGAUCGUGCACUCGGAGAGCCAGCCCGAGAAGGACAGCCGCCAGGGCCUGGCCCGCACCAUCGAGCCGCCCGCGCCGCCCUGCACGCUGGGCAAGGAUCACAUCAAGAGUCUCAGCACGUCGGAGCAGUUCUACUCCCGCUUCUGCGUGUACAGCCGCCAGGCCGCCGAGCCCCCGCCGCUGCCCCCCGCAGCCCCCAAGGACAGCGGGGCCUCUCCGUCAGGGCUCAGCUACGGGAAGACCACGGAGAGGACGGCCGAAGACCUGAAGUCAGAAGAGCUGGCCCGGGAGAUUGUGGGGAAGGAUAAGUCUCUGGCCGACAUCCUGGACCCUAGCGCGAAGAUCAGAACCACCAUGGACCUGAUGGAGGGCAUCUUCCCCAAAGACGAGCACCUCCUGGAGGAAGCCCAGCAGCGGAGGAAGCUGCUCUCCAAAAUCCCAUCCCCCGGGACCGCCGACGAGAAGAAAGCAGAGUCGAGCGUCCCAGCGGCCAUGUCCCUGGCCACCAACUCCACUUACUAUAGCACAUCGGUCCCCAAGGCAGAGCUGCUGAUUAAGAUGAAGGAUUUGCAGGAGGCGCAGGAGCCAGAAGAGGAUUCGGGGAGCGACUUGGACCACGACCUGGCGGUAAAGAAGCAGGAGCUCAUCGAGAGCAUCAGUCGCAAGCUGCAGGUGCUCCGCGAAGCCCGGGAGAGCCUCCUGGAAGACAUUCGCGCCAACAGCGCCCUGGGGGAGGAGGUGGACGCUAUCGCCAAAGACGUCUGCAAACCCAACGAGUUCGACAAGUUCCGGAUGUUCAUCGGGGACCUGGACAAAGUGGUGAACCUUCUGCUGUCGCUGUCGGGCCGGCUGGCGCGGGUGGAAAACGCCCUCAACAAUCUGGAUGACACCGCUUCUCCUGGCGAUCGGCAGUCGCUCCUCGAGAAGCAGCGGGUCCUCAUCCAGCAGCACGAGGACGCCAAGGAGCUGAAGGAGAACCUGGACCGCCGGGAGCGCGUGGUCUUCGACAUCCUGGCCAGCUACCUCGGCGAGGACAGCCUGGCCGACUACGCGCACUUUGUGAAGAUGAAGUCGGCGCUCAUCAUCGAGCAGCGCGAGCUGGAGGACAAGAUCCGCCUGGGCGAGGAGCAGCUCGCCUGCCUGUUCGACAGCCUGCAGCCCGACAGGGGCAAGUAGGGGCCGUCCGGGCUCCACCCCACCGGGGGGUGCCCACCGCGCAAGCCCUCCGGUGGCCAGAGGGCUGCUUUCGAGAAGCAAUAACUCCCGUGUGUGUCUGUGAGGAUUUAUUUAACGGUUUCCAGUCUCCCCUGUGAACGCCGAGCAGAAUGUCUCACCGGUAGCCAUUUCGCUUUGCAGGUUCCCACGUGUGGCCCCAGCCUCCGGCCGUGGUGGGUGCCCGCAGUAUAGACGGUGGGCUCCAGUCAUGUAUGCGAGUGGUCUUUCUCACUGGUAGGCGUGCCGUUCCUUCCAGCUUCUCAUCCGGAAGCAACCCCCUGGGAAGCGGCCCGCAUGAGUCUCGAAGGGGCAUGAGGGGAGAGCCCGCCCCCCUCUUGCCUGGGAUUCCCGCGCGGCGUGGGCUGCCCUGUUGGGCCCGCUCGGCCAGUGCUGAGGAGCCGUCCUUGUCCCUCGUUCCUGGUCUCCCAGCAAAGACUGUGACGGUGUGGUGAUAAUUUAUUAACAUUGCGGAAAGGGGGAUGGUUUCCAAGUGGUUAAAAACCCACCGUGAAAUGGCCAACCUGUGCGCCCUGGAACCGCACGUAAAGGAAAAGCACGCGUGCUUCAGAGCACACGUGCGACACGGGUAGCGUAGUCCUGACGUCACGGUGCAAGGGCCCCUUCCCUGCAAAGUGGAAUUCCUCGGGUGAUCGUGUCCGGUAGUAGUAAUGUGCUCGCUACAUACUUGUUUCGUGAGACCAACAGCACCUUCUGAAAUGUGUCCCGUAGCACUCAUUUUGUGUGCAUGUGGUUGUUCGUGCCAAUGGGCUACGUCUCUCCCUUUGCCUCGAAAUCCAGCGCCACGCCCUACAGCUACUUUCCAUUUACUUGGCAGAACCUGUGCUUUUUCAGGAGCCCCGUGGACUGUGACCACUCCCAAACCCAAUCUUUUUCUGCCACAGACGUUAUAGAUUCCGUGCCAUUUUUGUUAGUGGAAAUUGCAAGUUUCUCAAGGAGUGCGUUCGUAAGAAAACACUGUCACACUGUUAGUUUCCAGUGGACAAGUCACAGACUGGGAGAAGAAAUGAGCCACAGGUAUGACAAAGGAUCUGUAUCUGGAACAUAUGAAGAACUUCCAGAAGUCAGGCGGGAGAGAACAAACGGCCGGUUAGUACGAGAGCCAGAAACGUAACUCGGUGCUUCACCAAAGAGGCUGCAUGCACGGGGAAGAAGCCGUGGGGGAGAUGCGCCACCACCAACGGCUUGCUUAUGAGCUCCGUGUAACCUACGCCGGUGUAGACCUUCACAGACGCUCGUCCGAUUACACACAUGGUACACGGCGGGGCAGCCCUGUGGUCCACGUCACGUGGAGGUGACAUCCGGACAUUCAUUUGAUACACGGGUCAUUUGGAUCCUGGUUUCCCCUAUUCCCAUAAAAGUUUUCCGACAGGUGGGGACACGUCCCUUUGUCCGCGGCGACCGCUGCCCAUCCCAGAACACACGUGCCCACAAAUGUCUUAACGGAGCGGUGUCUGUACUUGGUGAGCCGAGUGGGGGGGGUGCUGGGCCCCUCAGCCACGCCCCACGGGUGGCCCAAGCGGGCACGCUUCAGGAGCGCAUGCGGUGAGCCCUCUUCGGAAACGCACUCAUGCCAGAAAGGUCAGGCCCUUUUCAGAAGUCUCCUUUCCCAUUGAGUUAAGCUAUUUCUGACUUGAAAAAGUCUCCAUCCUGCCAAUGGCAUGUCCUCCUUCCCUCCUGCUGUCGUCCCUUCCUGUGAAACUGGUCCCUUGAGAGAAGGUGAAGCUGGCUGUCCCCAGGCCCCCGUCACUCGCCCUCAGGGGGCCAAACUCAGUAAUUCCAGUGGGUCAUUUUCAUGAUGCAUCUGUAAAAUGUGAAUAACAGAAGGUAUGUAUCUGUAUCCAGACUCUUUAGGUCUUUUGAGGACUUUCUCUUCUACAUAGCAAUACACAGUGCUCUGUCACCACUGUCCUGUUUGCGUCUUCACCGUCUAGUUAGCGGGGACCCAAAGAUUGCGGUGAGUCAGUGUACAGAUCUCUGUAUGUAGCUGUGUCAUUGCAUACAGCCACAGUCUGGUGCUAAUGCUUUGCCCGCGGCACUCUUAGGUGGCAGCUGGUUCUGGCCCCUGGCCUAGCACAGCUGUGCGAUGCUCCGGAUAGCGAGAAUUCAGUCAGGGGCAUUGCGUGUGGCUUUUGUCCCGCAGCACAGUGUGGAAGAUGCGUACCUACUUCAUGCUCGACACUUACCACUUCCCUCUCAUUGGUCGUCCUGCUUGACUUUAACAGAAUAAAUCGUGUCUUUGAGUGAAUGGA